GUUGCCUCCAUCGUCUUCUCUACUGUCGAGCGCAGGCCGACUUGAUGGCGAAAUCGUCAUCAUCGCUGUGACUGAGCAGUUGAGUUGACUGCCUACUCCUAGGUCUCAAACGUCGAACCGACAGGGGGUCCCUGCAGCUGGGUUGAUCAUGGGCGUCGACCUCCUCGCGUCAUGAAUCGUCUCGUUUAUCGCGAUGUUGUUCCCCAUGGCGCCUGUCACGGGCGUCGUCGUGCCGAACUGGAUGCUCAUCCUGGAUCUCGCCGCCAUUCUCGUCGUUGUCGCUGCCGAACGCGAUCAAGAUCGAGAUGCAGAACAAGCGACGGCACCGUUGCCAUAAGCGGAUUCUGCACGGACCAAACGUUCAUCGCCUCGCUAUUAAACGUGACGAGCACGACGGUGAAUGCGCGCAUCACGGACCUUACCGGCUACGGCGAGCGCAUGCUCAACCAGAGUAAUACGUACACUCUUCAUCAGAUUUUGCGAGUCAGGCACAGCACGAACACAAGGAAAACAACGGAGGAAGCAAACGGGAAACAGGUAUACACGACAGGGACCGGUCUAUUCUCGUCAAACAACCAUAUCCCCAGGCUUGGACAGUCCCUCGAAGGCCGGGAUCACAUAGGCAGCUUGGACCAAACCAGCGACGAGCUCUAUCGUGACGAGCAUGGACAGUGCGACGUUAACGUGGAUCGAAGAUGGCGUCGCCGAAGAGACGUCUCUGAUGUUUGCCCAUGCCUCCGACAGGAGGAACGCUAUGAACGCAAUGGUGGCCCUGUGUCGCCGCGUUAGCGCGUAUCGCGUGUAGAUGGGGAGCGGCCCCCCAUACCAUGCCAGCCAUACAGCAGGGAUCGCCAGAAGCCUAGGGGCAGACCUCACUGACCUGAGGACUUGGGACAUUGACAAUCUACAGAAGAGUCAUAGAAUUGUCGUCAUUCACAGAAAUCGGUCUACGUCGCCGCGGCCGUGAUGAGUCUUCAGACAAUCUUCACUUUGUGGACCUAUUGAGUCUCAUAAUAUCUCAUUCAGGACGCGAUCGUGAUCAAUGGCUGUGCGUCUCAAUUCGAAUUCACCCGAAGUCAUG